CAAGCUUCUGUGUUCCCGAUCUCUUCGGCGCAUGCGAGCGUUUCCACAACAAAAUUUACGAACAUUUGGACAGCUUAUAAACAGGUUUUACAGACAUAACUAAUAACUGACUUAGUCGACAAACACCAUAACAACAACAGGCAGAAACUCAUAAAGUCAAAAUGUAGAACUCGAUCCAUUUGUUGACGGAAGUGUUAAAUAGAGGACUUCGUUUUAAAUGAUAGAUGAUUUGUGGACGUAUAUAUAGUUCAUUGUCUGGUGUUCAAGCGAAACCACUUUUACGGGCAAUUACAACAGCAUCUACGGAAAUACCAGUCAUGUCCGAAUUCGCCAUCGGAAGAGGUCAGACGUGCCCGCCCCGUGCCCCAGGCGUACUCCGUCUCUACAGCAUGCGCUAUUGUCCGUACGCACAGCGUACCCGUAUGGUUCUCGUCCAUAAGAACAUUCCCGCGGAAAUCGUGAAUGUCAACUUGAAGCGGAAACCAGACUGGUUAUUCGAAAUGAGUCCUACUGGACUGGUACCAGUCCUGGAAUGGGACGGAGGCCACGUGCUGCACGAGUCAGCCGCAUGCAAUGACUAUCUGGACGAAGCGUACCCCGAGCCCCGCCUCAAUCCCGCCGACCCCUACCUCCGGGCCCGAGAUAGACAGCUUUGGGAAUCUAUGGGCAAGUUGAUCAGCUCGUUUUAUGAUGUAGCGGGAACUGCUGGUCAAGACAAGGUAGUGAUGGACCGACUGUUUCGCGCCUUCACCAGAUAUGAAAAGGAACUGGUUUCCAGAGGGCAGGGACCUUUCUUCGGAGGGAGCAAGGUUUGCAUGGCGGACUUCAUGAUAUGGCCAUGGUUUGAACGCCUACCAAUCGUGAACCAAAUAGUCCCGGAGACAAAGAUCACUCCGGACAAAUAUCCUAGGCUGGCCCAGUGGAUAAAUAGCAUGUACGAACUACCGGCCGUAAAAGAGACAAAGUUUGAUGUCGAAUCACAUGCACACUUUUUGAAAACACUUAGGGUUGAUAAAAAUCCGGAUUAUGACUAUGGACUAACACAGCCAGCAAAACUGUGAUUUAAUCAUGUUACUUUGUUAACUCAGUAUAUUGUUUAUGUUUUCAUACAGUGACAUUGGUCAGGUGUUUGUGAGGACUAGACAACUUUUCAAAACUAAACUCGUUUACAUGCAUCCAAGGGCUAUUCCAGUAAAACAUAUAACCCCCGGGGGGAAGUCAAUUAUCUUAAUAGACGGGUGUCUUUUUUCGCUAAUUUGGACCCCAAAAGGGUAAAUUUGCUUCUGAAGGGGGGGGGGGGGGGCAUAAUUUAAAAGUGCCUUCCCCCUGGGGAUUAUAUGUUUAAAUUGAAUAGCCCCAAGUACUUGUGUAACAAUUCUUACUAAAACUAUUUGAAAGCCCACAUGUGCACUCAAAUGAUUUGUACAUGGUGUUCAAGGUAAUCAGUCACAAUAAUGGUUAUAAUGUUUUAUUGCAUAUUGUUAUUGAAACAUGAGUAAUUUUUUGUAUUUUUUAUAAACAUAGUCGAAAUAAAAUUAAUCUGUAAGAACACUGUAUAAAAUUGAUUGUAUACAACAACAUGUAAUAAAAAAUCAACAA